UCGACUCCUUGGCCACGUCGUUACUUCCUGAGUCCGGUGCAAUCGUGUGCGAGUUAUCAGCAUUUCUUGGCGUGCUUGUUUCCAGCUCUUCCUUCAACAUUAUCCGUGACAACCGAAAGGAAAUUAAGGGACAAGAAUUUCGCCGCGCGUUACAACCUCAUCACACUCUCUUCAUUUACUCGAGUUGGCCGAAAACAGCUGAUCGCUAGGUAACACUCAUUUGCAUACAACACAAGAAAAUAACAUUGGAUUGGACAUUCAUCAAACAGCAGGAAACUAAAAUCGUUGCGGACUAAUAUUUGUUAAAGUGUAAUAAUAAUCAGCAAUCGUCAAUCGAGAAACAAAUUUGUCCAGAAAUACAUUGUACGCAUUUCAAAACGAGAAAUUAGAGAACCGCAAUCUUUUGUUAAGAACUUGUUAUCAAUUCUAAAAUCAAACGUGACAAAUAAUUUGAGUUGAAGUUUUCAAACUGUAGAAAAUUAAUUGUAUUAUCAUUCAUAUGAAACUAAUAACUUGUCAGUGUCGUCAGGUACUUAAGACUGAGCACUACUCAAGAAAUGCUUUACAAUUAAAAACAAACAAUGAAAAGUCUGUUGAUUUUCAUACCAAACAAACUUUGCAAGGAAAAGUCAGGAUAUCUGUUUGGCAAAGUACUUUAUGAUGAAAAUACAGAAGUAAAAAAAUUCUAUGUUAUUGGAAUAAGUAGGAUGGAUAAUUCAGAAACAAUAAAAUGCAGCAGCAAUAUCAUUGGAUAUUACUCUGAUGCAGAACAGAAACGUGGACACAUUGAUAAGAAAUAUAUAGAUUGGAUUCACAUAUUUUUACACUUUGGUACUUCCAAAGAAAAUAUUUAUGAUUAUGCCAUAAAGAGUGUUACCAUAAAUAAUAAAAAGAUUUCAACCCUAAGUUGCCAUACAGUUAUUAUCAUAUAUGAUCAAACAGCUCUCAGAGAGACAGAACUGUUUGAACAAAAAUCAACAACUGGAGACCAUUUUUAUGAAUUAAUGAAAUUUGUGCAGAAUAAACAAGUAGAAGGAGAAUUGCAAAAGAAAGGAAAAUUGACUUAUGUAAAGGAAACUCUCCUAGUUUACCACAUGUUUCUGUAUUUCUACCCAGUUCUCUUUCUCAAUAAAAUAACAAAUAAAUUGUUACCAAUUUUUAAAUAUUCAUUUCUUGGUUUACAUGUUCAUGGAUGGUUGGAGAAUGUUAAAUGGAUGUCGAUUACAGUAAUAAGAAAUAAGAGGUUUACACUAAAAACUGGUAAUUAUGUAUUUGCACUAAUAACAGAUAUGCUAUUGGGAAUAUUUAUGUUGCAAUUGUUAUUGCAUUAUCUGGAACAUACAUUUCCAUCUCAAAUUCUUUUGAACAAUGCAGAGAAAGUUGUGACACUACUUAAAGAUUUAAUCAACUGGUUAAUGGGCGUGCCAGCUGGAUUAAAAUUAAAUCAUGCCCUGAAUAAUAUGCUUGGCAAAUUUUUUCAAUAUCACAUACAAUUAUGGUGGACAUUCUUAAUAUUUAUGAAACCCUUAAUGGACUUUGCUUUUGAAAUGUUAGUACUACUUGGAAGAUUGGGUGUUACAUUCCAAAUAGCAAUAGCUGCAGAUCUAUUAGCUCUUGUCAGCUUUCAUGCAUAUUGCAUUUAUGUGUAUGCAACAAGGCUCUUCAACAUUCAAUUAAAGGGCAUCACAGGAUUAGUUAGGUUAUUUUUAGGUAAAAAAAAGAAUCCACUACGAGACAGAGUGGACUCCUGUCAGUACCAAUCAGAUCAACUAUUUGUGGGUACUCUGUUAUUUACAAUACUUUUGUUUCUUAUGCCAACAACAUGGGUGUAUUAUGCUGUUUUCACUACGCUCAGAUUAGCACUGAUUGGUUUUGGAGGUUUCCUGACUAGAUUAAAAUUUUAUCUUCAAAUUAUGCCAGUAUACACAUUUAUUAAAUGGUUUCUGCAGUCUCAUAGUACACGCAGUAUUGUCAAUAUCAAAUUACAUUCACAUCAUGCCGAUGGACCAAUUAUAUUAGUAAUGACAAUGGUUGUGGCACCAUGGCAGUUUACAUGGAUCAAAUGUAUCCCAGACACAAUUGCUCAACAUCCACCCAUUGAAUGGAAUAAGAUAGUAAAUAAUAUAAUAUGGGGUGAACUUCUAUACCCCUUUGUUACAAAUGCAGAGAGUGAUCCAGACAAUAUAGAAGGUGAGGAAAAUGAAAUAAAGAAACCAAAGCACCCUUCUAAGAGACAACUAAAAAGGGAAAAGGCUGAGAAGAAAGAAAAUGAAAAAAUUGAAGCUAGCAGACUGGAAGUAAUGAAGAAGGGACUGAAUUACGUCUCAAAGUGGAAACAUGCAAGAAGCGAAUGGAAAUUUGAGAAGCUGAGGCAAAUUUGGUUAAUAGAUAACUUAUUAGAUGAAACUUGCAUUCCAGAUGACAUUUUCCCCACAGUUCUAGAAUAUUUUGAAGGGUGCAAAGGAAUGGCAAGAGAACAACUUCUAAAAAAGGGUAUGGACGUUAUAAAGAAAAUAGAGGAGAACGAGAAAAACAAGGAUGAAAUGGAAACUGUUGCUUAUCAAAGGAUAAGGUAUAAAUUAAUUCACAUUGUAGUCGCAUCGGACAAUAAUGUCGACCAAAUACAGGAAACUAACGAGCAGAAAGUAACACAAAAAAGGAAAAGAAAAAGAAAACAAAAGUCAAAUAGCAGCCAUAAUACAAAUGGUACUAAUAACGAAAAAAAUGAUGGAGAAGCAAAUGAUUUUGUUAGUGUACAAACAAAUAAGAAUGAACAAGAUUCAAAUGAUGAAGCAAUCUUCCCCAAAAAACUUCAAAGAUCAACUGUUACAAAUGCAGAGAGUGAUCCAGACAAUAUAGAAGGUGAGGAAAAUGAAAUAAAGAAACCAAAGCACCCUUCUAAGAGACAACUAAAAAGGGAAAAGGCUGAGAAGAAAGAAAAUGAAAAAAUUGAAGCUAGCAGACUGGAAGUAAUGAAGAAGGGACUGAAUUACGUCUCAAAGUGGAAACAUGCAAGAAGCGAAUGGAAAUUUGAGAAGCUGAGGCAAAUUUGGUUAAUAGAUAACUUAUUAGAUGAAACUUGCAUUCCAGAUGACAUUUUCCCCACAGUUCUAGAAUAUUUUGAAGGGUGCAAAGGAAUGGCAAGAGAACAACUUCUAAAAAAGGGUAUGGACGUUAUAAAGAAAAUAGAGGAGAACGAGAAAAACAAGGAUGAAAUGGAAACUGUUGCUUAUCAAAGGGCAAGACAGCUUUUGCAAGCUUUACCUACUGAAACAUAAUUAGCUCAGAAAACAUACUAAAGAGUCAGAUCAUUUUGUACUUCACAUUGAUUAAUGAUCAUUAGAUGUAUUAGCAAAAUUAAGUGUUAAGUGUUGAAUUUCAGCAUCGUUUUUAAUUGUAUAUUUAUAAAUUUGUAGUUAUUCUCUUUUCAUUUUAUAAUGACAUCUUCACAUUUGAAACUCAUAAAUUUUGUUGUACAUGUAACUGUAUUAAGUAUUUGUAAAUAAUAAAAUUUAUCAGUUUAUUACA